UUUGUUUGUUGGUCGGAGCAUCACUCUCCGGCGUCAUCCGUAAAUAAUAAAUAAAUAACGUGUUCAGUCUCCUCCCCCUCCUCCCCCUUCUCCCUCCAUCUUCUCCUUCUCCUUCUCCAGGAUGGACGUCGUAAAUCAGCUGGUGGCCCAGGGCCAGUUCAGGGUGCUGAAGGUUCCUCUGGGUUUCAUUAAGGUCUUGGAAUGGUUCUUCGCCAUCUUUGCCUUCUCCACCUGCGGCAGUUAUUCUGGGACGUUCCAGAUGUCGGUGGAGUGUAAGAACCGAACAGAGAGUGACCUGAGUAUAGAAGUGGACUUUGAGUAUCCGUUCAGACUCCACCAGGUGUACUUUGACGCCCCCACCUGUAAGGAUGGGAGCAAGAAGCGCGUCUUCCUCGUUGGUGACUACUCCUCCUCUGCCGAGUUCUUUGUCACCAUCGGCGUCUUUGCAUUCCUGUACUCUAUGGCGGCUCUCAGCAUCUACGUCUUCUUCUUUGAAAAGUAUAAGGAGAACAACAAGGGCCCGCUGAUCGACCUUGGAGUGACCGGAGUGUUUGCCUUUAUGUGGCUGGUGAGUUCGGCCGCCUGGGCCAAAGGUCUGUCCGACGUAAAGACGGCCACCGACCCCGACGAAGUCGUUACCAUGAUCCCUGCCUGCAAUCUGGAAGACACAGCAACCCGCUGCCGUGAAGUCCGCGACCCAGUCAUGUCCGGACUCAACACCUCUGUGGCGUUUGGCUUCAUUAACCUGGUGCUGUGGGCUGGAAACCUGUGGUUCGUCUUUAAGGAGACCGGCAUCAUCGCGCCCUUCAUGCGGGCUCCGCCUCCUCAGGCAAAACCUGCUGCACCAGAUGCCUACGGCCAGCAGGGGGCGUAUGAACAAGACCCAUACGCCAGCAACCAGGGAGGCUACCAGCCCGACUACAGCCAGCAAGGAUACAACCAGGAGGCAGAGUACAGUCAGGGCUAUGGCCAGCAGGGGGCGCCCACCUCCUUCUCCAAUCAGAUGUGA